CGGUCGUGUUUUUCAGUUCAGUACGCUUGAUCCACUCGAUCCAUUCAGUUGGAUCAGUUUACCACCAUCGACGGCAACAUUAAAUUUUAAGUCAACGAGGACAGCAGGAAAUAACUGUGCAGCCAAAGUGCAGAGGGCAUUAUGUUGCCCCACUGGAAGCGGCUGCUGUUCGCCGCUGUGUUUGCUGGAGCGGUUUUUAGUACAAACGCUCAAUUUUGGAAGCAAUCGGGCACAUCGGGAUCAAUAUAUGAGAAUGUGCGCCAGAGAGACGAUUCACGAGUAGCAUACUCGAUGGACGAGAGUUACGAUAUUGUUGAUUCGGCCAAGAAUUGUACGGCGGGCAGGGGCUGUGUGCCCAAGUGCAUUGCGGAGAAGGGCAAUCGUGGCCUGCCCGGGCCCGAGGGUCCGAUCGGUAUCACGGGUUUGAAGGGAUAUGCCGGUCCCGAGGGACCGCCCGGUGACAAGGGCCAAAAGGGUGAUCCGGGACCAUAUGGAGCACGUGGCGACAAAGGUGAAAGUGGCAUGCCCGGUGUACCCGGUAUGCCGGGUUUGCGCGGUUUAUCCGGUACACCCGGUACACCCGGUAAUCCCGGUACAAGUGGCAAGGAUGGCUGCGAGGGCAAACAGGGUCUGCUCGGCGUACCCGGUCUGGAUGGUAUGCCCGGACCACGCGGUUUUCCCGGCGGUCCCGGCAUCAAGGGCGAGAAAGGUGAUCCGGCCAAGGAGAACGGUGACUAUGCCAAGGGUGAGAAGGGUGAUCCUGGCCAUGCAGGUCGUCCCGGCCCCGCCGGCCCGGAGGGCGAACGCGGUGAGAAGGGAGAACGCGGUGAUUCGGGUCCAUAUGGACCGCCCGGACUACGUGGUGAUCGCGGCAUCAAGGGUGACAAGGGUGCCGCCUGCUUUGCCAUACCACUGGCUGGCAAGCAAGGCGAGAAGGGCGAAAAGGGAGAUCCGGCACCAAGGCUGCCAGCCCACGGCACUGACACGGUCGUCGGUCAGCGCGGUGAUGUCGGCCAGAAGGGUGAAAUGGGACCGAUGGGCCUUAAGGGCGGUCUAGGACCGGCUGGUGAGCCAGGACACGAUGGACGAAAGGGUGAAAAAGGCUUGCCUGGCGGCGCUGGUGAAAGAGGUCGUCAAGGUAACUUUGGUCCCCCCGGACCGCUUGGACAAAAGGGAGAUCGUGGCGAGAACGGUUUGAAUGGCCUGCCCGGUCAGUCGGGUGUGAAAGGUGAGCCGGGACGUGAUGGAAAGCCGGGAGAUCGUGGUCUGGUUGGACCCCAAGGACCGCCGGGCGGUGGACGUGGGCAACCGGGCCCAAGCGGACCAAAGGGACCUCGUGGCUAUGCUGGUCAGCCCGGUCCAAAGGGCUUGGACGGCAUGGAUGGACCACAAGGACAGAAAGGCUACAUGGGUCCCAAAGGUGGCCCCGGCUUGGCCGGCAAUCCGGGCAACGAAGGACCUCCGGGACAAAAGGGUGAGAAGGGUAACGCUGGCCGAUUAGGCCCCUCGGGUCCUAAAGGACCAAUUGGACACAAUGGCCCUCCAGGACCUGAAGGACAAAAUGGCGAGGAUGGUAUGCCAGGCCACGGUAUCCAAGGACCUAAAGGAGAUGAUGGACAACCCGGAUCCCCCGGCCAAAAAGGCAGCAAGGGAGAACGUGGCUUUAUGGGUGAGCGCGGUGUGCCCGGCGAUUCGAAAUUGGGCCGACCUGGCAUACCAGGUCGCGCUGGUAGUCCCGGACAAAAGGGUGAAGACGGUCGCCCUGGCAAUCAUGGCGAGAAAGGUGACAUGGGCCCUAAGGGUGAUGUGGGUGGCAAGUGCUCGUUGUGUCCACCUGGACUGAAGGGAGAUAAAGGUGAACAUGGCGUCCCCGGCAUGCCUGGCAAUCCUGGCGAGCGUGGACCAACCGGUGAGCGCGGCUACCAAGGCGAUCGUGGUGAAGAUGGCAUAACUGGACUAGACGGACCCCAGGGUAUGAAGGGAGAGGAAGGCUAUCCGGGUGUACCCGGAUCGAUGGGUCCCAAGGGUGAUUCUUGCCUUGAGGACCUCAGCCUGAUCAAGCCGGAGAGGGGACAGAAGGGCGAGCAAGGAUAUCCCGGUGCAUCCGGCGUGAAGGGUGAACCCGGUGAGAAUGGAAAUAACGGCGCUCCUGGCCUCAAGGGCGAAAUGGGAGUGAAGGGCGAUAUGGGCUAUGCCGGUCAGCCUGGUAAUGAUGGUGCGCCUGGCAGCGAUGGUCUACGCGGCUUCAAUGGUGUCGAUGGUAUAAGCAUCAAGGGCGAACCUGGUCGUGCUGGCUACGAUGGCAUUAAGGGUGACAAGGGCUCCACGGGCUAUUCUGGAUUGAAGGGCGAACCGGGCACAUGCGCCGCAAGCGAACUGAAGGUGCCGCUCAAGGGUAACAAGGGUGAGCGUGGCAACACUGGCAUGCCCGGACCCAGCGGUGAAAUGGGCCAGAAGGGUGAACAUGGCCUGCCCGGCGAGAAAGGCGCAAUGGGACCUCAAGGACCAGUCGGUAAUGUUGGACCACGCGGCUUGACCGGACAACGCGGCGACAAGGGCAAUCCCGGCCAAUAUGGUACGCCUGGUAGCGAUGGCAAGGAUGGAGUCCGUGGACCGCCGGGUCGCAAUGGCGAGCGUGGACAAAAGGGAGAGCAAGGCAUCACUGUGGCGGGACCACGUGGCCCACAAGGUCGCGAUGGUUUGAUUGGCGAGAAGGGCGAUCGCGGCGUCGUUGGAGCUACCGGCCGUGUCGGACCGGAUGGCAAUCCGGGUUAUCCAGGCGAGAAGGGUGAUGCCGGUUCCGCUGGUUCACCAGGCCGGACUGGCCUGGUCGGUGCCAAGGGUGAACCGGGCCCAGUUGGUCCCGAAGGACGUCCCGGCCCACCCGGUAGUCCCGGCAUCGAUGGUGUUCAGGGACGUGACGGUGCCAAGGGCGAGGUUGGUAUGCCCGGUCUCGUUGGUAUGCCAGGCAUCAAAGGUGAGCGCGGAGCACCAGGCAACGAUGGUCAGAAAGGCUUCACCGGUCCUGCCGGUGGCAUGGGCCAGCGUGGUCCUCUCGGUUCAGCUGGUAUUCCUGGAAUGAAGGGAGACAAGGGUGAGAGGGGUUUGACUGGCAACGAUGGCCUGACUGGCGCCCGUGGUGCACCCGGACCACCCGGUAUUAGGGGUUUUAAGGGUGACACCGGUCCACAGGGUCAACCCGGCCAAAACGGCUCCGAUGGCUAUAUGGGCGAGAAAGGUGACCAGGGCCUGCCGGGCUUCGAGGGACCACAGGGCGAGCCAGGCGAUGCUUCCGAAAAGGGAGAGAAGGGUGAGCCCGGUCUGUCCGGACUACGCGGCCAGGAUGGACCGGUCGGAUUGCCAGGUAUGAUUGGCGAGAAGGGACUGGCUGCUCUACCCAUACAUGGACGGCCCGGUGCACCGGGUGAGAAGGGCAACGCUGGACGUGACGGCCUCGAUGGACAAAAUGGACGGCCGGGUGAAAAGGGUGAUGCUGGCUUUCCGGGCGCAAGUGGACCAAAGGGUGACAAAGGUAUUGCCGGACAGCCGGGCCUGACUGGCGGUCCUGGCAAUGAUGGUCAGCCCGGACCCCAAGGCAGUCGUGGCGCUACAGGCUACGCCGGUCCCAAGGGCAACAAGGGCGAGCGUGGGCUAGCUGGUGCCGCUGGCGCAAAGGGUGUCAUGGGUCUGACGGGCCGACAAGGAUAUCCCGGCGAAACUGGCGCAAAGGGUGACAAGGGCGAACGGGGUCCGAGGGGACCAGCCACCCAAGUCAACAUGCUGGAUCUGAGGGGUGAGAAGGGUAUCCGCGGCAGCGAUGGCCUGCCCGGCCGGCCCGGACUUCAGGGUAUCAAGGGCAACCAAGGACCAGUUGGCUAUCCAGGCGAGAAGGGAGAGCAUGGCCUAACCGGACCCUCUGGCAUUGCUGGCCUGCCUGGCUUACCUGGAUCAAAGGGUGAUAUGGGCUUGCAUGGUGAGCCUGGAGCACCUGGCCCCAUUGUCAAGGGCGAGAAGGGUCUGCCCGGACGUAAUGGCAAAUCUGGACGUGAAGGUGCAACUGGACCACGUGGCAUGAAGGGCGAUCGUGGCUUGCCCGGCCUGGCUGGCAACGCUGGUCUCGUUGGUCUACCCGGACCCAUCGGUCCGACCGGUAUGAAAGGUGAACGUGGUAUGACUGGUACGCCUGGCAUUGAUGGCAGUGCUGGCUUUAAUGGUGUGCCCGGCCUAAAGGGAGAGGCCGGUUUUCCCGGACUCAAGGGUGAGCGCGGCGUCGCUGGCUUCGAGGGACAAAAGGGCGACAAGGGUGACAGAGGCAUGGCUGGAGCACCUGGUCGGAUUGGUCUGACUGGUCUCAAAGGUAAUAUGGGCAUGCCUGGCAUGGAUGGUCAACCAGGACGCCCGGGUCCAGUGGGCGAGAAGGGUUUGGCCGGACUCAAGGGCCGUGAUGGCUACAACGGUCAGCCUGGUGCACGUGGCAUUAAGGGUGAGCCUGGCCUGUUGUCACCGCCCGGACCAAAGGGUGAACCCGGCAAUCCCGGUCACAAUGGACAAAAGGGAGAGAUUGGACCACCGGGUGCCACUGGUCUGAUUGGCAUCCAAGGUGAACGUGGCGAGAAGGGUGAACGUGGUGCCAUCGGUCUAUCCGGCGCUGUCGGUCACCCCGGCAUCAAGGGCGAACGUGGCGAACAAGGACAGAAGGGUUAUGCGGGUGCUGUUGGUGCCAUCGGUUACAAGGGUGAGCCCGGCCAGUCGUACAGCGGUGCCCAGGACUAUCUGACCGGUAUACUGGUGACGCGUCACAGCCAAAGCGUUCAGGUGCCACAAUGUGCGGCGGGUCACAUCGAAUUAUGGACGGGCUACUCACUGCUCUAUGUCGAUGGCAAUGAUUAUUCGCAUAAUCAGGAUCUCGGCCAGCCCGGCUCGUGUGUGCAGCACUUCUCCACACUGCCGGUGCUGUCCUGCGGACAGAACAACGUAUGCAACUAUGCGUCGCGUAACGACAGAAGCUUCUGGCUAUCCACAUCGGCAUCCAUUCCGAUGAUGCCGGUCAACGAUAACGAGAUCCGCAAAUAUAUUUCACGCUGCGUUGUCUGCGAGGCGCCAGCCAAUGUGAUUGCCGUGCACAGCCAGUCGCAGGCGAUACCCGACUGCCCCAAUGGCUGGGAGAGCCUAUGGUUCGGCUACAGUUUCCUCAUGCACACGGCCGUUGGCAAUGGGGGCGGUGGACAGGCGCUCCAAUCGCCUGGCUCCUGCUUGGAGGACUUCCGGGCCACACCGUUCAUUGAGUGCAAUGGGGCUAAGGGACACUGCCAUUUCUAUGAGACGAUGACGAGCUUCUGGAUGGUCACGUUGGAGGAUGGCGAUCAGUUCUCGCGGCCCGAGCAGCAGACAAUCAAGGCGGGCAAUCUACUGUCUCGCGUCUCCAGGUGUCAUGUCUGUAUGAAGAACUCGUCAUAAGCGGGGUUCGGGUCGGACGGACCACACCUAAUAAUUUUAAUCUAAAUCUAAUACCUAAACUAAACCAACGAACAAUAUACACACACACAAAAACAAACAAACACACAAACAAACACACACACAACAACACAUUCAAAAGCAAAACUAGAACCAACACUGCUACCAAAUUCCUUAAACUAACCAAAAAAAGAACCAAAACCAAACCAAUGAAAUAUGCUGUACCGCACCGAGGUUAAGCGGCGCCUGAUGCCAUCUUUUGUAUCUGCCAUUAAAUAACAUGUAAACUGCUAUUUAAGUUAAGUGACAACAAAUAAACUAGCCUGGUAAUAUGUAAAAAAAAAAACAAAAAAAAAAACAAAAACAAAACUACCUUUACAUAAUAAUACUUAUACUUAUUUUGGCUAGCAGCACACGACUCCAAAUACCCGAAUACCCCAACUCUGCCUUAUCCUGCUCUGCCCCAUCCUGCGAACUAUGCUUGCCACAUUUUGUUCCACACGAAAUGCAUGAUUCAAAAGCCAAAUAAUAUUCGCAAAUUUAUUUUUUUUACAUAUCCCAACUGUGUGCUAGCAAAACUCUUUCGAAAUACACAACUCAAAUACAAAAGCCAAAAAAAAAUGGUAAAAAAUAGUCAGACAAUAAAUCAAUUUCAUAAAACUCGUAUUUACCGUUCAAGUGAGAA